CUUGCAUGUAAAUCCGGUGGCUCGAUCUGUCUCUUCUCUUGAUUGGAUAUAGAGAUGGAGCGACGUCUUUUUUUCGGGGUAUAUGCGCUUAUGCUGCUCCUACACUACGGGGCACUUCACAUGUAUGUAAGCAAUCAUUAUUGUUUUGGAUAAAGUUUAUACCGAGACGUUCAGCUACAUUGAAUUUACUUUGUCGACGUCGAAAAAAUAUGAAAGUUCCUGGACGGUCGAGAUGAACUUGGUAGAAUUUAAAGAUAUUUUGGCAAGCACUGCAUCAAUAUGUACUAUCUUGCAGUUUCUAUCUGGCAUACUAGUGUGCAGAAAGUUUGCCAAAAACAAAUCUACUGGUGAUGCAUCAGGACUAGCAUUUGUAACAUGUUUUAUGUCGUGUAGUUUAUGGCUUUUGUAUGGAAUAUUAAUUCAAGAUAAAUCUGUUAUGAUUGUUAAUAUAUUUGGGUCAUCACUACAAUUUUUUUAUGCUUUUACCUUUUACACUUAUACCAUACACAAGAAAGUUAUAGUAAAACAAAUGUUUAGUGCAAUACUAUUCAUCAAUUUGAUGUACUUAUAUUGGUUUGUCUCUGAGGAUGUAGCAUUGGUUACUAAAAGAAUCGGACUUCUUAGCUGUACUUUAACAAUCUUAUUUUUUGCAUCACCAUUAACUUUGUUGGCUCAUGUAAUUAGGGUGAAAAGUACAGAAAGUUUACCAUUCCCUGUAAUAAUGUCCUCAUUUGUUACAUCAUGUCAAUGGUUCCUAUAUGGAUACUUGAUUAAUGAUCUUUUUAUACAAACACCUAAUUUACUUGGGUGUAUAUUAAGUGCAUUUCAACUUGUACUUUUUAUUGUAUUUCCAAAUACAAAAUCAAAUGAUGAGCAGCUCUUGAUAUAGGGUACACUCAAACUAAAUGAUUACUUUAAAACAGUAUUUGAUGCAUACAUUAAACUUGGAAAUAAAUAAGAUCUCAAUGAUCUCAGGCUCUUGUGAAUUUGUGAUGUCUGACUUGUAAUAAAGAAUAUUGGUGUUGUACAUAUAGGUAUAUUAUUAUAAUAAUAUUAUAGACAAUUGUGUAAAUGCCAAACAAAAAUUAA